AUGGAAACCGCCGUGCCUUUCUUAAUGGAAAAAGUGAAGCUAUCACAACUCACCUAUAAGAUGACUAAAAGCAUGAGUGAGAAAACACUCAGAAGGCAUGUUGAGGAGGUCCGCAAGAAUAGUACGCUUGCGGAAGACUUGAAGUGGCAGCGGCAACCGCAAGCAUACUUCACCCUUGGUUCUCCAACAAAUGAAGGAAUUAGAAAAAGGUUUUCACAAAGAAGAAUGGCAGGGAAGGACAAUGAGCUACAUCUUUUAGAGAAUUUGAAUCAAACUGAAGAGUUUCAACUUCGUUCUGCUCGUCUUCCACUGCCCGAGUUCAAACCAUCCGAUUCACCUGAACUGAGUCAAGCUGAACUAGAGAGCCUAAUGGCUGUAUACGAUCGCCCCCUUGAUGACUAUCUUGAAAUGUUCAUUCAGUUCGGCUACGUGCUUCUUUUCUCUCCCGCUUUCCCUCUCGCUGCUUUGUGCGCUGUUGUGAACAACGUUAUAGAAAUACGAGUGGAUGCUUUUAAGUUGUGUAAUACUGUACAACGUCCCUUUGGAAGGCAAGUCAAAAGCAUUGGAGCCUGGCAAAAGGCCAUGGAGGUGUGUAAAAUUCUACUUGCAGAUGUUAUAAAACAGAUAGUUUACAUAAGCCCAAGUAGAAGCAAAAAGCAUAGCAUUACUAUAUUUUGUCUUCCAUUUAACCACAUCACACUUGGAAAAGCAUAUUUAUCCCUUGUCACCGCUGUGUUUAUGAGCGAGUGUCAUUUUACUCUGGAUCAAUAUCCACACUGA